AUGAGACAGGUGAUUGCAUGUGGUGUAUUGGUGGUGUUGGGGCUAAUUUGUAUAGCCGAAGUGGCUUCGACAGGUAAUGUAAAGUAUCCCAGGGGUCCAAAUGUUGAGGGCGUACGUGUGAAACGGCAGUAUGGUGCCGGUGGCAAUGGAGGAAGUGGUGGUUAUGGUGGUGCCCCAGGGCAGCCUGGAGGAAAUGGUGGCGGUGGAGGAAAUGGUGGCGGUGGAGGAAAUGGUGGCGGUGGAGGAAAUGGUGGCGGUGGAGGAAAUGGAGGCGGUGGAGGAAAUGGUGGCGGUGGAGGAAAUGGAGGAGGAGGUGGUAACGGUGGUAGUCCAGGACAACCUGGUCAACCGGGUGGAAAUGGUGGAUAUGGCGGUGGUAAUGGUGGAUAUGGCGGUUAUGGUGGCAGUGGCGGUUCUUAUGGUCAACCUGGUCAGCCCGGCCAACCUGGCGCCGUUUUGGGCUUCACAACCAGCUAUGACCAGAUUUUCAAUGAGCAGCACUAUCGCAUAAAACGUCAAGGUGGAUAUGGUGGAGGUUAUAGCUCUGGCGGUGGUUAUGGUCAGCAAGGACAAAUGGGAGGAGGUGGUUAUGGUGGAGGAUAUGGUGGUGGUCCUGGUGGUGGCUCAAGUGGAGGAUAUGGUGGAGGUCCUGGUGGGGGCUCAGGUGGAGGAUUUGGUGGCGGUCCUAGUGGAGGCUUCGGGGGUGGCCCUGGUGGAGGUAGUGGUGGUGGAUUUGGCGGUGGCCCUGGUGGAGGUUAUGGUGGUGGUCAAGGAGGUGGUUAUGGCAGUCAAGGAGGAGGUUAUGGUGGUCCAAGCGGUGGUUAUAGUGGAUAUGGUAGAUAA